AUGACGCCAAACCACAACCAACAGCCUGAAAACCGCGAUCCGCCAGUUCUAGACCUAUGCACCAGGAAGCGACCCUUGACCCCGGAAUAUUACAUUGACCCCAAGCGGAUAAAAACACCACCAUGUGCCGUCAGUCCCCAAUCCGUAUUUUCCGACAGCUCGGAAGUCUCCAGCACAGACAUAAACUCAAAUUGCACCAAGCUAAAGUCUGUCCGACCCUUCAAGGCGUACCCCAAGGACCCGUUGUCCAUGGCUUUGAUCGGAACGACCACUGAUAUCCUGAAUAAGGAUUCGUCAGAAGCCUAUAUAGAAUUCAGGAACAGAAUGAUGUCCCAGGUGCAGAACGCCCAGGGCACCAAUAAGAACAUGAGGAGGACUCAGUCCAGCAAACAUAUUGCAGAUCCUAGUUAUUGGGAGAAGAGGAAGAAGAACAAUGAAGCCGCGAAAAGAUCCAGAGAUGCUCGAAGAGCCAAAGAGGACGAAAUCGCCAUCAGGUGUGCCUUUUUGGAACAGGAGAAUGUUCAGUUGAAAUAUCGACUUGCCGCAGCUGAGGCAGAGAGAAAAAGACUGUACGAUAUGGUUUAUCAUUAG